AUGUCUAACUUCGAUCCACAUCAGCGACAGCACACCUUUGGUACAUAUAAUCAGCCAAGUCCCGGCUACUCAAAUCCUGGAGAUAGUAGCUCAGGUGCCGGGUACACCAACUCGCUCUUAGGCGCCGGGUACACUAACUCGCUCUCUAACGCCGGGUACACCAACUCUCUCUCUAGCGCCGGGUACACCAACUCUCUCUCUAGCGCCGGGUACACCAACUCUCUCUCUAGCGCCGGCUACACCAACUCUCUCUCUAGCGCCGGGUACACCAACUCUCUCUCUAGCGCCGGCUACACCAACUCUCUCUCUAGCGCCGGCUACACCAACUCUCUCUCUAGCGCCGGCUACACCAACUCUCUCUCUAGCGCCGGGUACACCAACUCUCUCUCUAGCGCCGGGUACACCAACUCUCUCUCUAGCGCCGGGUACACCAACUCUCUCUCUAGCGCCGGGUACACCAACUCUCUCUCUAGCGCCGGCUACACCAACUCUCUCUCUAGUGCCAAUCACACCAACUCUCUCUCUGCUGCCGGCUAUAGCGCCCAGUCCUCCUCCCAGUCCUUGUCUGGCGCUCAAUCCCCAAGGGCUGGUCCCUCAAACAUCAACUACAAUGUUCCAUCACUCGCGUCACCACCGAGCUCCCACCUUAUCAGGCCCAUACCUCAUUGGUUGGGCAGUGAUGCCGACGCCGCACGCGCACUGACACACAAUCCCAUACUGGACGAAAUACCGGUAUCCAACGUGAUACAUACUUUGGGUCCGGUGCGCUCUAUCGAAAGACGCCGAUGCUCCCGACGUAUGCCUUCAACACCGUCGUUGGCGCCUUAUUCGGCGCCCCCAUGCCCAAUGCGUACCCCAAAUCCCAGCCCGCCUCCAUCCCCAACGUGCACUCCAAAUCCUGGCCCGUCCUCGGCUACAACAUCGAGUGACGUUGUCAUCCAGGUCAAGGUCAGUGCAGCGGACCACGAGCAAGUCUACAGCCGCUCGCGAGACCUUAUCAAGGGCACCAUCUUCACGCCUGAUGCAAUCACAUCAAAAUCUGAGGACCAGAGUCGCCUUGUCAGGGAUAUGAUCAAAGCAUCAGCGCCUUCCAUUCCGAGCCUUCGCGAUGUGCCGACGAUUUGGCGGGGAGUGGUCCUAGUGCGUUCGACGAUGAUGAUGAUUGCGCGACAAAACGUGGUGAUGGCAUACGACCUGCUCCCCGAACACGAUUCCAACAUCCCGCCAGAUCAAUUUCGUGUCAAUCGAGUAGCUAGUCUUGUGCGAGACAAGGCCUAUAUGCACAAACAUUCAUUUUCUCAAGACAGGACGGUGAUCAUUCACAACAAAUGCCAGAAUAAAUUCAUAUUCACCCUGCUCAUCAAACUCAUCUGGCUAUCGAAUCACGGACUUCACAUGCUACUCGGCAACCACCAAUCACCUCGUGAGGCACUGCAUCAUGCGUACUGCCUUGCAUGUUCAAUAACGGAGCAUGCAUUAUUGGAACAAGGCCAACUAAUAUUCACGAAGCAGAAGUUCUCGCCGACUGAGAACAAGACGAUAUUCGAUAGCAUUAAUUUUUUUUUAAAUUCUCUCAGUGAGGAGGAGAAGGCAAGUCUUGAUAGAUGGAAAGACCAUCUGAUUGUUUGUGGGAGGUCGCAACAGGGGUCUACUGCCAUUCUUUCCGAUUUCGACUUGACUAUUGAAACGUAG